AUGUUCGUCGCCGCGUUCUUUCUAAUCGCCUCUCUGGCUAUAGGACCGCAGGCCGUCCUCGCAAAAUUCAACUCCAUCUUAUUUUCUUCCAUCCAGCAGUGCGGGCCCUUUAAUGUUACCUUCAAUGGAGGCUCUAUGCCAGCAGCCCUCCCCCUCACGCUGACCGUCAUUCCUUUCGAUUCUGUUCCUAUUUCUAUUCCCAUUCCACAGGCUUCAUGGAAUACUACCACUGGCUCUGGUGCUGUUAUCACUUUUCUCCCGUUAGCCGCUGAUUCGAGGUUUAUCGCAUUGCUGGAGGACGGGAACGGAACCGCAAUGGGCGCCAUUUCGGAUGUGAUCGGUGUUGACACCUCCGCUGACACUUCAUGUCUUCCCUCCGCGACAGCUCAAUCCGCGGCUCCCUUCAUCCUGAAGGAAAUCCCUUCGCAGUGCGAGUCUUUCAACGUCACAUUCAACGCAACUCAGCACCGAGCGCCGACCAUUCAAGCAUUUGUCCCUCGCGGCCGACCUUUCACCGUCAAACAAGACCCGGGGGCAGACAGCACUGGGUCUGCUUCCUACCUCAUGAACCUCACGCGGGGAUUUCAAGUAGCUUUACUUUUCAAUGACAACGGCACGCGCCAGACGUCAGAUCUGUUGACUGUUGGUGGCGAUUCGACCAGCAGUUCAUCGUGUCUGCCCAAAUUCAAUGCUACUUCGGCGGCUCCUUCAAAACCCUCGGGCGGUUUGUCCAGUGGUGGAGCCGUCGCAAUUGGCGUCGUUUCCGGGACCAUUGUAGGCGCAAUGCUUAUUCUCCUUGCUCUAUUCCUCUAUCGGGAGCGCCGUAGGCACCUUGCGCGAUUGGAUGAGACUAUGAGGAAGAUGGACAUGGAGUCUGCGACGAAGGAUCCUAAGGCCUUCGACUCACCAUCCAUCUCUCCUACGAAAUUUUCACAGGAGCAAGCAAUCGGCCGGCAAAACAUCCCUCGGUCCAACUAUCUCUCGAAGCCGCCGGAUCAGACCUAUGGUACCUCUCCUGUAACCCCCGAAUUCAUCCAACGACGCCCACCUUCACCACAAUUCCGCACAGUUGAACUUGGGGAUGGUUUUGUGGAGGUCCUGCCUCCCGGGUAUCCGCCCCGUCGCUCCGAAGACCGUAUGACCCAGUCAGACGUGCGCUCAAUAUCCUCCCUUGACAUCGAAGGAAUCCUUGAGGCGGCGACAAUCGGCACCAUGCCCAGAAACCCAACAACGCGUGACGACGCAAGCUCGAUUCGCAGUUCAGGCCGUCGAUCCACACGUCCCUCUGUCAACCAACUUCGCCUCAUGGACAGUUCAGGGAUUCUCAGGACGAAACGUAGCCAGGAAAAUCUAGACGUCCCGAUGUCCGCCACGCCGUACGGUCGAUUUUCCGGACUAUCUACUCUGGAGGUCCAGCGACGAGAUCCUACACUGGGCCCAGACUCAGCCAUUUCGCUCGGUACCAUUUCGCCCAUGAGGGGUAAUCUCGUGAAGAAGAGCACGACGGACUAUAUGAGCGAGGUGGGAAGCAUACGGUCGGGCCGAGUAUCGGACAGAUAUACGCAGCGUUUCCAGGGUCGGACUAGUGGGGAUUGGCAUGUAGGAGGGCCGGUUGGUAUAGGACGAGGAUCAGAUCCGUCAAGGAUAUAG